UGAAACAUCAUCAGGGUUUAUCGUUGAUUGAGCCUGAUGAUGUUUCGCCAUCUGAAAAAGUCGAGGAAAAAUCAACCGAGAUAAAUAACAACAUAUGCUUAGUGCGACUAAGCAACCAUACACGUUUAGUAUGUUCAUGUCUGAUGCUGGCAUCGAUUUUCUGCCUUUGACUACCAGAAGAAGCGAUAUACCGAUGAUUAAGUGCCAAAAACCGAAAGAACUAAAAGAUAAAAUCUACUCCAAAUGUUUGUCAGAUGCUAAACUUGAGAUAAUGGAAGAACUUGCUGAACAACUUAAAAAAGAAAUCGAUUUGAACAAGAAACGUUUUGCUGAAAAAGAGGCAGAAUUGGACGCGAACAAUCCGCCGGCGUUUUCAAAACUGAGAAAUGUUUUGGGAACGAAAAAGGAGGAUGUAAUUGUAGUGAAAUUGAAACAGUUGAAGAGGAUUGGAGAAAUGCGAGGAAAGCGGUUAUGGUAUGGAAGGAAAAAAGAGAUGCGAGAGAAAAUUCUUAUUUCUUUAGAGGAACAAAAAAAGAACCUUUCAUCCGAUCUCGAUCGUUUAAAAAAAAUUUGUGAAGAAGGCGACGAAGAUUUUAGAUAUUUAAACAAAGUUGAAGCGGAGUGUGACAAAGAAAUACAAGAACUAGAAAGUAGUCUAGAAAGAGAGGAAAAGGAAUGGACAGAAUAUGUUCAAGAAAUCGACGCAUUGAAAACUACUAUGGAAACACUUGAAUCUGAGUUGACAUGUAAAGAAGAAGAACGACAGAGAUUAUUGAGUGAGAAAGAAUCGAAGUCUUUGGCGAUAUCUGAGCGAAGACUGGAAAUUAGCGAACUAGAAAGGAUUGUUUGUGAAAUGGAAACUAUUGAGAAAAGGCGCCUGGAACGCGUUCAAGAAAUCGAAAACCUUCUUCCAGCGCAAACAGGCAUUCAAGAAUGGAAGCUAGAGACGUGUAGUGAAACAGAGUUGAAUUUUACAUUUCUUGACGGAAGUCUUCGCUUAAAUAUAAAGUUUGAAGACGACGAGUUUUCUGUGAAGGAUAUUGACCUUGCAACCGACUUACAAGGCACCAGUGCACCCAUGAAAACACUCGCCAUUUCUUUGAUCAAAGAGCAAUUUGCCUACCGUCUUCUUUCUUUGAAUCGGAGGAAAAGGUAA